AUGAAGUUGCCCACACUCAUUCUCUCGGCCCUGGUUGGCCAAGUGGUUGGUCUGGCUUCCACAGAUACCAUUACAUGGGGAGGUGACAACUCGAGAACAGGCUACCAAACUAACCAUAACAUGGACCCUGCCAUUGUAGGUAGCCCUCAAUUCGAUAUCGUCUUCAAAACAGCACUACCUGGCCGCUACAUCAACGCCGCCGAGCAAAUCUUUUCUCAACCACUCGUUUACACUCCUUCAAACGACACCAAACAAUUCGUCUACCUUGCAACCACGCAAAACAACAUUUACAAACUCGAUGCCAAAACUGGAGUUAUUAUCGCUUCACGAAAUAUCGGCAUUCCCUUCCUUACAGCUGAUCUCGAUGGCUGCGUGGAUGUCAACCCGACCGUCGGCGUCACUGCGACCGGUGUUAUUGACCCCGACACGGACACUUGGUACAUCACCUCCAAGACCUACGUCAACCAAACCUACGGUCCAACACCGCAGGGAAGACCAGCUGGACGUUACAAGAUCCACGCCAUAAACGUGAACGAUCUUUCCGAGCAGCCCAACUUCCCUGUUGAUCUCGAGGGCACCAUCGCGCGCAAUAAUCCCGACCGUAUGUUUACCGGCGGUAUUCACCACCAGCGCCCAGGUCUCCUGCAUACUGGCCAAUUCGUUUACGCUGGAUUCGCGUCGCAUUGCGUGCAGUAUAACUUUACCGGCUGGAUCAUGGGCUGGGACAAGACUAGCGGCAAGAUUGUCGAGCGCUGGGCUUCAGAAGGCAUGGGUGUCAGCAACAACAUCUCCGGAGCUGGUAUCUGGCAAUCCGGAGGUGGUCUUGCUUCUGAUAACGCGGGAUCCAUGUACUUUGCUACUGGAAACGGAUACGCUUCGCAGCUGUCUACUAUUCCCGUCAAUGGGUUCAGUCCCCCUACUGCGAUGGAGCAAGCUGCUGUUCACAUGUCCAUCAACUCCGACGGUACUCUCUCGGUAGUCGACUUUUUCAUGCCGUUUGAGAAACAAGAACUCGAUGGCGCGGACAAAGACCUUGGAACCAGUCCUCUGGAACUUCUGCCUAGUCAAUUCUCUUGUGGCAACAUCAAGAGAAUGGGUAUCGUGACUGGAAAGUCUGGAAAGACGUACUGGCUCAAUCUUGAUGAUCUCGGCGGGUAUCGCAACGGACCCAACAACAAAGAUCGAGUCAUUCAGACCUUUCAGAAUGAGAAUUCUGUUUACGCAGGUGCUGGCGUUUAUCCUCUCGAAGGUGGAUACAUCUACAUCAAUGUCAUCCAAUACCCGACCCACGUCUUCAAGUUCUCUUGUCUCAAUGGCGUUCCUUAUUUCACAAAAGUUGCCGACAGUCCCACCAACAACGCUUACAUCCUGGGUGUCAGCCACGGAACUACCACGUCGCUCAACGGACAAGAAGGCACAGGUCUUCUCUGGGUAUCCGAUGUCCAAAACACCAACUUCAAGAUCUAUGAUGCUGUUCCUCAGAACGGGUAUCUCAAUGUCAUUAGAAACUUUACAAUCGUUGGCAUCACAAAGUUCAGCAGACCUGUGUUUGGAGAUGGCAUGGCCUACAUCGGCACCACCGUUGGCUACUUCUACGGUCUUGGCUCGACCAACAAGUACCCUCUGAACUGCACUGCUUCAGUUGACUUUGGCACUGACAGCGUUCAGAACGCUACAACUCCUCAGACUAUCAACUGCACUGCGUUGUUUGAUCUGUCUGUGACGGGCAUCAGUCUUGCCGACGCGACAAACUACAACAUCACCAAGACACCCAGUCUACCUCUGUCCAUGUCGGCAGGCGAUCAGCUUCAAUUCUCAGCUCAGUUUUCGCCCCAGAGUGUUGGUCGCUUGGGCGGAAUCGUCAACAUCGUGACUUCGGGCGUCUCAGAUGCGUCAUACAGCAAGUCUACGAAAAUCCGACUCACAGGUGUUGGCACGAGCUCCAAUGCUUUGCUGGAUGUCAGUCCAAAGUCCGUUGUCUUUACAGGUCUCGUCAGUGGUUCUCAAGCUACUACGCAGAGCAUUUUGAUUGGAAACGACGGUACACAGAACCUCACGGUCACUUCGGUUCUGUACACAAAUACUUCUUCGUCUGGUCCGUUCACCACUUGGACAGGCACAGGUAAUCUCACGGUCGGCAUUUUCACACUCUCGGGUAUUCCCAACUCUGUUAAUGGGGGCAGCGAUAGUGCUAUUACUGUCCUCCCCAACACCGCCAUGUCUGGAAAUUUCACCGCUUGGGUCAAGUUCGUCACUACUGGUGGCAAUGCGACAGUCUCGUUGUCAGCAACAGCAGGUGAUCCUCCCACAGCUCUUCUCGAGUUCCAGACACCAGAUGGAACCGGCUGGGCCAAGUACGAUUCUAACACUCCCUUCACCUUUGGCAACGUCACAGAGAAUACUUCCAAGUCACUGCGCUUCCGCAUCAGCAACACUGCUUCUGCUGGCGGUGUUAAACUCGGUCUUACCGUCUCAAAGCCUCCCUUCGGUGUCCCUGGCAUCGUCCGGUCAGCCAACCAGAUUGAUCUCGCCGAGGGUACCCUGAUUGCACCUGGUCAGAGUCAAACCGCGACUCUUACCUGCAAUGUUCCCAAGAGCCAGUGGAACGUCCCAUCUUACAAUGGCACUGCGCAAUGGACAAUCAACACCAAUGAUCCGACGUGGAGUUUCGAGAAGCGCGCAGUUCAAUUCUUCUGCAACGCCGUCGCUGAGCAGGCCGCUCCCCUUUUACCCAGCGGUCAAGGCCAGUACCAGUACGUGGGUUGCUUCAAGGAGAACAACCCAGGUCGCCAGUUGUCCAACCUUCUUUACGCCAACAGCUCCAACACAAACGAGAUGUGUAUCAACACCUGUGGUGAAGAAGGUCUGACCUUUUGUGGCACACAAUACCGUAGCGAGUGCUGGGCUGGUAAUAAGAUUCCAAACCAAAAGGUCGACGACGCGAACUGCAACUUUGACUGCGCGGGGAGCCUGAACCAGUACUGUGGUGGUAAUGGUAUCGAUGGAAGCGGUGCCUACAUCAGUCUCUUUGCCGACACACUUCAAUGGCAUGGAAGCUUGUCCGGUGGUUCAUCUAGUAGCGGCGAUAGUAGUGGUAAUGGUGGCUCAAGCACCCCGCAGGGGCCAUCUGUUAAUCCUGGUGUUGACGGAUACACCAGUAUUGGAUGUUACACCGAGGCGACUUCUGGCAGAGCGCUCCCAAAUGGAAGAGGUGUAGACUCACCUACUGUAGCAGAAUGUGUUGAUGCCUGCAGCAGUGGCAACUUUGUCUAUGCUGGAGUAGAGUAUGGAGGAGAGUGCUACUGUGGUAAUAGUUUCACAGAUGGGUCAGUGCCUGCUCCCAUCGCGGACUGUAGUAUGCUUUGCAAUGGCAACUCGAGCGAGUAUUGUGGUGGUCCCAACCGUCUCAACGUGUAUCAGCUUAAUGCAGCUUACAGUGCUUCACUACCGACGUCGUCGUCUACCUCUUCCUCGAGCAGUAGUACUUCGUCAACCUCGACUUGGACUUUGACGUCCAGCACUUCUACCUCUAGUAGCUCCAGUGCAUCAAGUACAGGCUCUACGUCCAGUAGCAGUUUGACGUCUUCAUCUACUUCGUUAUCAACGUCAACCUCUAGCUCCACUUCGGCCUUCAGUUCUACUACGACUUCUUCUACAUCAACUUCAAGCACUUCUAGCUCCGCAAGCAUGAGUUCCACGUCUAGUAGCUCUUCAACGACCAGUAGCACUACUUCAAGUAUUACCUUAAAUAGUGGCGCCACCACGAGCAGUACUACCACAAGUUCUACUUCAACUUCUUCGUUGACAAGCACCACAAGUAGUUUGACUGGCAAUGUCGCUGGAGGUGGGAAUGGUGUUUCGACCUCUACAUCUGGAAGUACUACAAAGACAUCUACCUCAACGACGAGUAGCAGCUUGACCAGCACUUCUACCUCUGGUAGCUCAAGCACUACCUCAACAACGUCAAGCACCAGCACAACUACGACAUCGACAACUACUUCUAGUACAUCCACAUCUAGCUCAAGUACUUCUUCGACAUGGACAACCUUUUCCACGGUUUCUUCCGUCAGCAGCCGCUCUACAACUUCCACUACAAGCUCUACUACGUCUGUUGCGACUCCUUCUAGUGCAGGCCCCUCGAGCGUCGUCUCAUCUAGCACAACGUCAUCCGUCACUAGUCGAACUUCAUCUGGUAGCACGUCCCUGAUUGCUCCAGUGACUCAGGUUGCAGGCCUGUCGAGUGUUAUGUCUGCUGGCACAUCUCAAGUUGCGGCUCCAAGCUCAAUUGGAGGCGUGUCAGUUCCCUCAUCUGGUGGCACAUCAUUGAGUGUACCCUCUACAAGUACCCAAAUUGGAGGAUCGUCAAUUGCUUCUUCUGUCGGUACUUCAUUGGUCGCCCCUUCAGUAGCCUCUCAGGUCGCUGUUCCAUCCGUUGCUUCGUCUGCUUCGACACUAGCUGGCACGUCUCGCGCGACAUCCACCACGUCUUCAUCCUCGACCUCAUCGACGACAUCCACAACUUCACGCGCCACAUCAACAAGUACCACUAGCUCAACCACGUCUUCCGCAAAACCUGCCGCUACAGGCCCCUCCAUUUCUGACACAAUCGGUACAUGGUCAUUCCAAGGUUGCUGGGCAGAACCUCUGUUCCUCAUUCGCGCUCUCAGCUCCAAGACCACAUCCAGCAAUGACAUGGACCUAGACGCUUGCGCCGCCUUCUGUACAGGUUACACCUACUUUGGCGCCGAAAACGGCCGCGAUUGCUACUGUGGUAACUUCCUCAAUCUCGGAAGUUAUCAGGCCCUCAACCAAAAAGACUGCUCCGCAACUUGUGCAGGUGACAAGACUCAGUACUGCGGUGGGACACAAAGACUACAACUUUACAAAGCUGGCAAGCCUACGACAGGAAACAAGAGCUUCCAAAGUUACUCCUGUGCCUCUGAGCCACUCAUAGGUCGUCUGCUUUCUGAUCUCGUCCUUACAGACUCCAGAUCUAUGACUGUCGACACGUGUCUUGACAAGUGCGGGAACUAUAAAUACGCUGGUAUUGAGAACGGUCGCGAUUGCUAUUGCGGUAACACGGUCAACUGGCAAGGACUUAUCGGGCAGGGCAAGAAUGUUACUAUGACGGAUUGUAACAUAAGCUGUCCUGGUAAUAAUCUUGCUUAUUGUGGCAUAGAAGACGACACGCGAAGGGGCUUUUAUAGAUCUGCCGGAUGGAGUUAG